UAUACAAGCAAUAUGAACUCACUAGCACUGUUCUGGAUUUCCAUACUAAUGUUCAUUUCCUCUCCGUGUGUGGUUCAUCCCCAGCCUGGUAUAAAUCAACCAAUCAAGCUCAAUCUCCCACAAAAUGCUUCUGGCCCUGAAGACUUUGAUUGCGAUCCAAUAGACAAAGGAUGUUAUACAGGCGUUAGUGAUGGCAGAAUUUUUAAAUUUUUUAAUAAUGGAACUUUUUCUGAUUUUGCUACGACAACGCCUCUCAGAACUAAGGAAAAAUGUGAUGGGAUCAGCUUUACAAAUGUACAAGCCGAAUGUGGAAGGCCAUUAGGUCUUUACUUUGAUCGUCGUGGUGAAGAGCUCUAUAUAGCUGACUCCUUUUAUGGCCUUUUAAAGGUCGGAAAAAACGGCGGGCUUGCAACUCAGUUAGCAGCCGGCGUAGAUGGCCGAAAUUUCAGCUUUACAAAUGCUGUGGUCGUGGAUGAACAAUAUGGGGACGCAUAUUUCGUGGAUUCCGGCGCCAUAUUCGUAUUACUAUUCCGAACACUAGACCUUACAGGACUUUUGCAGGGCGGAGACAUCUCUGGGAGACUGCUAAAGUACGAGGCGGCUACAGGACAAGUGACGGUGUUGCUAAAUGGGCUGUCGGGGCCAGCAGGGAUAGCGAUGGGUGGAGAUAGUUAUGGAACUUUCCUCAUGAUCUCGGAGUUUAUUGGACGCAAGGUUAUCAAGUAUUACAUCACAGGUCCAAAGGCUAAUACAAUUAAGACAGUGCUGAAAAACCUUCCAGGAUUUCCAGACAACAUAAAGAAGGGAGCAACAAAGGGUUUCUGGGUUGCUGUGAGCAUUCCAAAACUUCUGCCACUACAGCUGCCUCUUCCUCAAACCGAAUCCAUUGCGGUGCAUUUCGACAUGAACGGCACGAUUCUGAAUACCAGGAAUCUCACUAAUGGUUUUCCCAACACACUCAGUGUCUACUUCGAAAGCGGGUUACAUAAUAAAGCUUAUGCCGGUUCAUUACCAUCUAAAUAUGUUGGUUUGUAUAACGCAAUAUGAAGUCUCCAACUAUAGUGCCUUGCAUGUGUUAGUCAAUAAAUAAGUUUCAUAAACGUAUUAUGCAUGUAACCCUAAAUUAAAGCUAAAUAUAUAUAGCAAUGUGAGGCAAGUUUCUUAUGCUUUGAUGACA